AUGGAUAAAAUAAUUGCUUCUGCUACAAGUGUCAAGGAGAAACUAAAAGCGCUUGAGUAGAGCUGUAAAGGGUUGAACUAACAAGAGAUUGAAGGAGUAUAUAAACACAUACACACUUUAGGAGAAGACUCUUUGGUGUUAUUGGAUUAGGCAUAAAAAAUCAAUUUCGGAAAUAUUUUCAGUGAUCUUCAAUUAUUUAAGAGAGUGAGAGAAAGCAUAAGGGAAUUGGAUCAAAUUUGCAUCUACCUUAAUUACUUGGAUGACAGAAUUUAAGGAUAUAGAGGAUUUUUGAAAGAAUUGGGAUUCUAAAGUGAAAAGCUCAUUAUGGAAUUCAGACAGAAAGGAAACAUUCUAUAAAAGCUGCAUCUCGAUACACAGGAUCUAAAUGUUCAGAGAUAGAUGAUUGGAUUGAUCAUUAAGUUGUGUCCGAAAGACUUAAGCUUUAAUCCUGAGUUGUUUUAAUUGAUGCAAAUCCCAUUUAAAUGUUUGAAACAAUAAAAUCGUUAAGAUAUCGAAUUAUUGGAUAGUCUGGCAAGUGUUUUAUUGCUACAAUGCGAUGGAAAAGGAGAGGCCGAUCAAAAUUAAGUGCAUGAUUGGAUGUGUCUCAUUAGUGGGAUUGUGUAGCAUGCCUAUGAUGGAAACACAAUGGGAUUGAAUAUCUUACUAAGCAAAAUAAAAUUAGAUUAUUUGAGUGAUUUGUUGAUUAGCAACAAAAAUUACAUGUUGGACAAUUACUUUAAGAACUCUCAAGAUACAAUCAAAAUAUUUCAAGGCUUGACAUCCCAUUGCAUAAGCCAAGAAGCAAUUUUCAUCAUCAAAACUGUUAGUCAAAUGUUUUAUGAUAUAGUAAAGGAUCAAAAUGAUGAGUAAUAUUUACACAUACUAAGAGAAGUUUAUUAGGAAUUCAUCCUCACUAAGAUAUUGGAAAAUUUGUAAAUUUUGAACCUGACUCAUGAAAUCAUCGAUCUUUUACUCUUCUAUAUUAUAGGAAUGUCAUCAAUUGAUUAAGAACCCUUUAAGCGAUCAAUUAAGCUCAUGGUAUCUAGAUUAACAUUGAAUGCAUCAUUGAAAUUCAAUACUGCAGAUCACAUAACUCCUAGAUUUCAAUUCCUGUAAAUGAUAAACUACAACUACAAAGCAUUGAAUUAAAUUGAAGAUUUCCAUAAGAUUUACAGGUUUUUCGAAGAGAAAUCAUUAGAAAAAAAUAAAUACACUUAAAUUAGUAAAUGCUACCCUUGGGAAUUCCAAACUGUCAAAAGUCAGAUUACUCCCAAGAGUUCUCUAUAAUAGAGAGAUUCCAAAGACUUUGUAGGAUUAGAGAAUCUUACUAACACUUGCUUUAUGAAUAGUAUCCUUCAAAGCUUAUACAUGACUGAGAGUUUUAGAAAGUUCGUUUUGUAAAUGUAAAUUCCUAAUUCAAUUCUCCAACUAACACCUCAAACUUCUCUAUGGAAUUGUCUCAAAAAACUAUUCACAUAAUUAACAUAUCAAAAUUAUGGCUAUUGUUCCCCUUACGAAUUGAAACGAUCCUUGAGACAACCCUAUUGUAACACCAACGACUAAUAGGAUGUUGGGGAAUUUGUUCAUCAUUUCUUGGAAGACUUAUUUGAAGUAACUCCAAACGAAGCCUUUAAAACUACUAUUGGAAACCAGUUCUUUGGGUAUCAAAGAUAAAUCAUUAAAUGUUAUAAUUGUGUCAAACCUCAACCAAAUUACGGAUACAAAGAAAAAUUCUUAGGCAUUGAUUUGCAUUUCAAUAAAUAAAAUAACAUAGACAUUAUAAGUAUGAUCAAGAAAGCCUACGAAGAAGAAUAAAUAGAAUUUACAUGUGAAAGAUGUAGAUAAAAGACAAAUAAAAUCUAUAAAUCUCAACAAUUGCUACAAUUACCAUCAGUUUUAUUUAUGACACUCCAUAGGUUCACAUAUGAUCAGAAUAGCCAAACAAUGACCAAAAUCUUAACUAAAGUUCCAUUCCAAUUUUAAAUUGAUUUCCGAGAAGCCUUCCCAAAUAAUCAUCUUAAUAGUUAAGAUAGCGUUUAUAAUCUUUAUGCAUUCAUAGUUCAUUUGGGUAAAAACAGUAACUCUGGUCAUUACAUUUGCUAUGCCAGAUAACUAAAUAAGCCUGACACCUGGAUUGCCUUUGAUGAUACUAUGAUUUCGGUCUUUUAAUUCAGUAGCAAACAAUUGGAUGAAGAAUUGAUAGUAGAGGAGUCACCUUAUUUGUUGUUCUAUUAAAAUUUAUCAGGAUAACCAUUGAUAUUUAAUAAUUGA